UGAAACGUCGUCGUUUCGGUCUCCUUUAUAGUCACCAGCUUCUCUAGCUUCUUUCUUUGGGGUUUUUAUAUCAUAAAGUAUUAACUCUUUCGCUUCACUUCGCCGCCGCAACGCUGCAACCUAACAGUGACACGCUCCAAAUCCAAUGGCUUCGGAGAAGAAACUGUCGAACCCAAUGAGGGAGAUAAAGGUGCAGAAGCUCGUCCUCAAUAUCUCCGUUGGUGAGAGUGGAGAUCGUCUCACCAGAGCCGCCAAGGUGUUGGAACAACUUAGUGGCCAAACCCCAGUCUUUUCCAAAGCAAGGUACACUGUUCGUUCCUUUGGGAUUAGAAGAAAUGAGAAGAUUGCGUGCUAUGUGACUGUCAGAGGUGACAAGGCAAUGCAACUUUUGGAGAGUGGUUUGAAGGUGAAGGAAUAUGAACUUCUGAGAAGGAACUUCAGUGAUACUGGCUGUUUUGGCUUUGGUAUUCAGGAGCAUAUUGAUUUGGGAAUCAAGUAUGAUCCUUCAACUGGUAUUUAUGGAAUGGAUUUCUUUGUUGUUCUGGAGCGUCCUGGAUACCGUGUGGGACGUCGCCGAAGAUGCAAGUCCCGUGUUGGAAUUCAGCACCGUGUUACAAAGGAGGAUGCUAUGAAGUGGUUCCAGGUGAAAUAUGAGGGAGUGAUCCUCAACAAGUCUCAGGCAAUUGUUGGUUAGACCAGUUAACUUUAGGAGUGUGUUAUCAGUUUUGUCAACAGUAUUUUAAUCUUUGUGGGAUAGUAUCUUAAUUUGGAGGCAGAUUUUGAAUCAAUGUCAUUUCAGUUUUGUGAAGAAGCACAUGGAUUAACAAUAGCCCUGUUAAACGACUUUUUUAUUGCAAAGAAUUUGUGAACCUUCGUUAUUCAA